AUAUGAUUAAUUACGUAAGUUCAGGGGGUAUUUUGGUAAUGCUUUGAAGUUGAGACUCACCGGAUUACGGCAACAGCAGGCGACGUGUAGAAGAAGAAUCUCGGAACCCUAGCAGAGAUUUGUUUCCCAAUCCUACGCCGCUACGGCCAUUGCCGCUUUCUCCACGAUGAUAACAAAGAAACAUCCGUCGCCGUUUCUCAAUCCAACGGGUAACAUUCAUGAUAUUGAUCGUAAUGUUCUAUGCAAUGUGUUACUGUUACACAUCAAACAAUGCUCCAAAGCCUCCCAAUAUAUGGCGAAGUUUACAAAGCAAAGGCAUUGGAAUCAUCAAACAACUGGUAAGCUUUGGGACACCAUUUCUGAAUGCAUCUCCCAAAUUCAAUCUGAUUAUGAUGAUGAAGCUAAAGAGAGGGCACUUCAAACCCUAGUUUCCAUCACAAAAGCAAGUCCUCCACACAGAAAUUUAGUCAUGCAGAAUCAGGAAGCCAUCCCUGCUCUCCUCACCCUGCUCAAAUCUUCCUCCCGUACUCUUGAAAGACUCUCACUUUCCAUCCUCUUCAACCUCUCAUUAAACCCUAAUCUCAAAUCCACCCUUGCUGACAUGGCAACCAUUCAGCACCUCAAUACUGUGAUCCUGUCUCGUGGGUCGCUCGAGUCUAGCAAACUAGCAGCUUCUUUGAUAUGCAGCCUGGCAAUGCUAGACAAGAAUAAAGCAGUGUUUGGGGUAGCGAAUACUAUUCAAGCAUUGUUGAAGGGAGUUUCAAGGCCUAAUAGUCCUGUGACACAUCACCUUCUCAGCUCACUUGCUGAAUUGGUGCACUUCCAUGGGAAUUGCACAUUGGCUGUUAGAUCAGGUGCAGUUAGUGUUCUCCUGAGAAUAGUUGAGAACAAAGACAGUGAAGAUCUUAGUGGGACUGCUCUUAGUAUUCUUGGGCUUCUUGCUAAGUUUGAUGAAGGGCUAAAAGCUUUGACAAAUACACCUAGUAUUGUGAGUAGAAUGCUCGAUGUGUUGAAAGGUAGGUCCAUGUUGAAUAAUGAAGGUGCAGCCGAGGUACUUCUUCGUGUUUUUGAUGAGAGUGAAGAAUGCUUGAGAGAUGCUAUGGGCUUGCCAGAUUUCAUGUAUACAUUAGCUGAGCUCUCGGUGAGAGGAUCAACGAGAGCUCGGGAGAAAGCUUCUCUACUAUUGAGAAAACUUGAGGCUAAUGAAUCAUAUGUAGAUGAUGAUCUCGUGUUCUUGAAAUGGUAA